GACUAAUGUCGAAGGCGCGCAUCCAAAUUUCAUAACCCAAAAUCAUCCCCCUCCCUCCCGCCUCAACAAUUCAAUUUGAGAUUUUGGGUCAAAACCCGAAAUCCCCCACAAAUCCCUCGAAACCCUCAUCCCAAUCAAGCAAGUUCCAGACUUUCCAUAAACAAGUUGGCAUCAAGGGCAACAAAUUGAAUACUACUUGCUUACUUAUACUAUGAGUGGACAAACACCUCGAUCUGCGUUAGGAGAUGUAACGAAUCAAGUUGGGAAAAGAGGGUUUUCGUUAGCUUUUGAUUUAGAUGUGAAAUCUGCAAAAAAAGAAUGUAGAAGAGUAGAUGAAUGUAAAGAAAAUAAUAAUAAUGAGGCUGCAGAGUGUGUUUUGCGGGUUCAUUCCGGCGGUGAGAACGGUUUAUGGAAGGGGGGUAUCGUAGAGAGUGUGGAUAAGAAUGUGUGUGAAGUUAAGGAACAAUGCCCACCAGGUGUUCGACAAAAUGCUGCAGUUACGUCUUCUGUUGUUAAGGCUGCUGAUGUGGCGAGUGACGGUUGUCAGCACGCUGGUGAUAUCGGUUUACCGAAGGGGGAUAUUGUAGAGUGUGCGGAUCAGAUUGUGUGUGAAGUUGAGGAAACAUGCCCACCAGGUGUUCGACAGAAUGCCGCAGUUACAUCCUCGGUUGUUAAGGCUGCUGAUGUGGUGAGCGAUGGUUGUCGGGACACCGAACUGGUGCAUGCGAUCGCAUUGGAUGAAAAUGGGCCUGAUGUGAUUGUGGACGAUGAAGAGGAUGAAAGAACUGAAUCUGUAGAUUUAGCGUUAAUUGAAUCGAAAGGAGUGGCGGAAAAUGACUUGGGUGUGGAUGAUCUGAAUGAUGUUAGCGUUGAUAAUUUGGGUUCAAGCAAAGAUGAGUAUAUUGAUUGUACAAGAUUGCUCGAGUCACAAGAGUCAAAGUGUGGUUUAGAGCGAUGCGUUGGGCAGACGGGUGAUGGUAUGUCGAGCGCGUGUAUGGACAUGAUCAAAGAAUGUUCUUGUUCUUUUUGCAUGAAAGCCGCUCAACUUUGGUCGGAUCUACACUAUGAGGAUAUCAAAGGCCGGAUAGCUGCAAUAAAAAAGAGUCAGAAAGAAGCGACAAUCUUGGUCAACCGAAACAGCAGGGAUGUUGCAAGUAACUUUGGAAAACUCUCAAACUUGGAAUCAGAUCUCACGGGCCGAUGGAAGUCCCUUUUUCUUCAUAUGGAGGAUAUAUUUGUUCGUGAGGGGACCCAACUUGAAACAAGCUUAUCUACAUUGAAAGAAGUAAUAGAUGAUUGCAAGACUGAUUCAGAGAAAAACUAGUUCUCUUAUGCUCCAUCCAUUUUAAUGCUAGUUUUCCGAGUUGCGUGUGCUUCUGCAGCUAAGAAUUUGAAAACCGAGGUUUAGUAUUCGCUUUAUUUUUGUUGACUUAACCGUUAUUUGUUGUUUUCAUAUCUGUAGUGGAAUGUGUUACAUCCUUUGUUCCAAAAUAAACAUCUCCGUGUUCAUUUAGAAUCUUUUUUAUUUGCAAAUAGUAUUUGUUUCUACA